UCUAUUCAGCAGCAACACGUCACUGUGACCUAUGACCUCGGCUACUUUCCACUCCGGAAGAGUUGAUACUGCACGGAUAUCUAGGAUUCCAGGCGGGACAGCGCACAGAUCAAGUUUAGUUACUUCCUUGUCAGCAGCCAACAGACAAAAUGUCGGGUUUAAGGAAAGCAAAGAAGUAUGACUGGAAGGAUUCCAAUAUGGCCCUGUUUGGCUCCGACACCGAUAAAAAAGUCAAAAAGGAGUCGGCCGAGACAGAGCCAGCUUGGAAGGGUGCUGGACAGAAGCCUGGUCUCCAGAUCUGGAGGAUUGUGAAAUUCAAGGUGACAGACUGGCCGACUGAAGAUUAUGGUCAGUUCUAUAGCGGGGAUUCCUACAUCAUCCUCAAUACCUACAAGGAGGAAGGUAACGAAGAGUUGCUGUAUGAUGUUCACUUCUGGAUUGGUAAAUACAGCACCCAGGAUGAGUAUGGAACGGCUGCCUACAAAACAGUGGAGUUAGACACCAUGCUUGAUGAUAAACCAGUUCAGCAUCGGGAGACCCAGGGAUUCGAGUGCGAUAUGUUCAAGGGUUAUUUUGAUGCCAUAAGUGUCAUGAAGGGUGGUGCUGAUACUGGGUUCCGCCGGGUUCUACCAGAAGAGUACAAAACACGCCUGUUGAAGUUCUGUGGCCUCAAGAAGUCGAUAGCAGUCACAGAGGUGCCGACAGCCAAGUCAAGCUUAAACUCUGACGACGUGUUCAUUAUUGAUAUGGGUCUUCAAGUGUACCAAUACAACGGCUCGAAUGCCAACAAGGAUGAGCGCUUCAGGGCUACACAAUACCUGCAGAAGUUGAAGAGUGACCGAGGAGGCAAGGUCAAGGUUGAGGUGCUGGAUGAGAGGGACACUUCUGAAGAAGAUCCUGCAUUUAAUAACCUGAAGAAGGACCGUGAUGAUGAUGAUGACGAGGACGAUGAUGAAGUAGAUACCGCUGGAGUGCCUACGUUGUAUAGAAUCUCCGAUGCUUCUGGCAACAUUGAGUUCAGCGAGGUCGCUCAGGGAAAGAUCAGUAAGAGUAUGUUAGAUUCCAAGGAUGUCUUCAUUUUUGAUAAUGUGACACAUCUGUUCGUCUGGACUGGAAGCGGAGCCUCCAUUGAUGAGAGGAGAAACGCCAUGUCAUAUGCUCAUAAGCACUUGAUGAAGUCAAACCACCCCACAAUCCCUGUCACAUGUGUGUGUGAGGGAGGCAGAUCUGAUAAGGACUUUGAGGCUGUCUUCAAGUGAACACAAAGGCAGUAGAUGGUCCUGGUAGAACAGGGUGCCUACGCAUCGCCACUCGUACUUACUUUCACCAGUACAGCAAACCUAGGCUAGCCACACAUCACAUCAAAAUAUGCUACCUUGGAAAAAAAUAUUGGAAGUGUAUCGAUUUGGAACAAUUUGGUUGCUGUCAACUUCAGAAGUGGAUGAAAAAUGGGAAAGAUGUAAUAAUAUUUAAAUAGACGAAAGAAAACCCAAUCAUAUUGUGGGUAUGAACGAAAACAUUGCUAAUACAUGCUGGCAGCCUUUUAAGACAUUACAACUUUAUUACUGCAGCUUAGCUAUAAACCAACCAUUGUGAAGUCUAGAAUAUAUAUAUGUAUUCUUAUAUAUUGUUGGUACAUUUGUCAACGUUUCUCAUUUAUCAGAGAAAAAAAUAGUUUUGUAACUUUGAGGAUUUUAUCUUACAGUAUAUUUAUAAUAUCAAUUAUAUGUCUUCAUUGUUUCCUAUCACCCCUUUUAAUACCUUCACUGUAUUCUACUAACAGUAUAAUUUGAAUUAAAAUGUGCACAGGACUUGUCUCUUUACAAAAUAUUUCUCUAUUAUUCACUAAACAUGCCUUUACUUAUGUUACAUAUUCCUUUAUUAAGUUGUUAUCGAUUUGUGGACCAAGUUUUGUUUCUUUGUACCUAAACAUAACUUAAAUAUCCUAACAAUAUAUUUAAGUAAUCCUUAUUUGACACACGCAAUGUGUAAAGUAUAUAAAAGUCUUUAAAUGCAGAUAUUGUUUUUAUUAUUACACUGAAAAUAAAUCUAUUUCCAAGAGAAAUAUAUUGGUGAUUGAAAUUUGGACACGAGUCAUAUCAUUUCUUAAUGGUUCAAUCUUGAAUUUUGAUAUUAACUGCUUUUAUAACAAAGUUUUUAAGAAAAUGUUACUGCUGCUGACAAACCUGGCACUUUAAAUUGGUGAACAUUGAAACUAUGAUGGUUGUGUCUCAAAAUGUUUUUUAAUAUUUGUGGAUUACUUAUUUUCAUUAACACAACACCAAUAAAUCGUGCCAAUCCUAUGUGAACAAACUGCUUAGUGCUACGCUUAUUAUUUUUGCUAUUUUACAAUCGUUUAAAUGUUUAGACUGUAUAGAUGUAGCCAAAUUCGACCAAUGUUUUUUCUGGAGAUACAUUAACAGUAUUACCAAAGUGAGAUUGACAAUUAAGCCCAAAAAGUUUUUUGUUUGAUGUUUUUUUCUGUUUGCCAAUUCAUUUCGUUUUAAUAUUUCGGCAUUUGGUGCAAUUCUGUUUGAAGCAGCCAUGUUUUGUCCUUUGUUGCAUUUAGCGAGACCAGCUGUAUAUCUAAUUUGCAUUCUUUGGUGAAUUUAACUGCUUUAAUUUGUAGACUUAAUCCCUGUAGUUUUCUAUUUCUGAUAUAUACAUAGUACCUAGCAAUAAAUAGUGCCUUUACACCAUACA